AUGUCAGUAAAUGCCACUACCCAGGUACCCACUAAUACGACAGUAAAUGCCACUACCCCGGUACCCACUAAUACGACAGGAGAUACCUCUGCUACACCAUCUGCAUCUGCUACUACAGUAAAUGCCACUACCCCGGUACCCACUAAUACGACAGGAGAUACCUCUGCUACACCAUCUGCAUCUGCUACUACAGUAAAUGCCACUACCCCGGUACCCACUAAUACGACAGGAGAUACCUCUGCUACACCAUCUGCAUCUGCUACUACAGUAAAUGCCACUACCCCGGUACCCACUAAUACGACAGGAGAUACCUCUGCUACACCAUCUGCAUCUGCUACUACAGGAGAUACCUCUGCUACACCAUCUGCAUCUGCUACUACAGGAACUAUCUCUUCCACAGCUUCCCCAAUGACAACAAAACUACCCGUUACGACAGCACCCCCAGCUACAACAGAAGCACCUCUGCCCUGUGCAAAUAAACCAUGUGGUAGCAGUGCUAAGUGUAUUAACCUACAUCCAGGUUAUACGUGCAAGUGCCUGUACGAAUACUACUACACAACAUUAGGAUGUUGGGAAGGGAAAGUAUUCCCUGGACAGUUUACACUGAAAAUAACGUAUACCGACAGCAUGGCAAAUGAAAACUCUCCGGAGUAUGGGGAUUUAUACAGAAAUGUCACAGAUUUUUUCAACACAACUUUCAGAAAUGAGACAGACUAUGAACAGACGAUAAUAGAGAAUGUAAAACAAAGUUCAGCAAAAUCUAAAAUACAGAGUAAAGCGGAGACCAGUGGAACUAGUGUGACAGUAAGGAACAUGUUUAAAGUGACCACAAAAUUAACCACUAACAUUGUUACUAACCUCAUAGAAGACGCAAUGAAAGACAAUUCCAAUUUCAAUAUUGAUAGCUAUCAAGCACUUUCCCAAUGUGACAUUUAUCACUGUGAUGAGGCAACUACUACUUGCAAGGAAAAUGAUAGAAUAACGUGUGAAUGUAAAUUAGGAUUUUCUAAGAAGAACCCAGAAGACAAAAGCUGUUCAGGUUGUGAUAACACAUGUUCUAAAGAAAAGCACAUGCAUUGUGUUAUGGAUAGAAACAGUGCCCCAGUUUGCCAAUGUCUUCCUAAUUUCCAAAACAAAAAUGGAAACUGCGUGGAGUGUGAUGUGGGCUACUCUGGAGUAAACUGUAGCAACAAUUCCUUGUUGAUCCUUAUCAUUGUGGCUGUCCUGUGUGGGGCUCUUAUCCUGGGCUUAAUUGCAGGACUUAUUUUCACUUCAGUGAGAGCAAAUAAAAGGCAAAGAAGUCCAGAGAAGAGGCAUUUGCUGAGAGAGGACUAUUCAAAUAAAAGAGAAACACCCGGACAUACUUCUGCCAUCAACUCUGCUGCAAAUGGCAAAAUCUUUCCCACAAUCCAGACUAGCAAUGCUGCUCAAGUCAACCGAGGGUUUGAGAUGAGCAACCCUUAUGAGAUGGGACCACCAACAAGGAAACUUCCUGAGAGGGAUUAUGAUGAUGAUGAGUAUGAAAUGUCAUCCAGGGGUGAUGGCUUCAGGCUUCAGCGCAAAUACUGA